AUGCAGUUCAGCAAUUCCAGCAUGGUGGCUGAGAUCCUGCUCUUGGGAUUUCAGAAUUUACAGAGUUUUAGGAUUUGUUUCUUUCUCCUACUUCUGAUCAUCUUCUGUGUGACUGUAUGUGGAAACCUCCUCAUCAUUCUGGUGGUGUCCUACAGCAGAUCGCUCCACUCUCCCAUGUACUUCUUCCUCACACAGCUCUCCUUCUCAGAUAUCAUGCUUUCCUCAACCAUUGUACCCAACAUGCUCCACAUUGUCUUGCAUGAAGGCACUUCUGUGUCAUUUAUAGGAUGUUUGACUCAAUUUUAUUUUUUUAUAACCUCAGAAUCAUUGGAAUGUCUUCUCCUAACAGUGAUGUCCUAUGACCGGUAUCAGGCUAUCUGUAACCCUCUACAUUACAAUAUGGUCAUGGACCUCACAUUUUGUGUAAGAGCAGUUCUCUUGUGUUGGGUGAUGAUGCUUAUAGUUACAUUGACUCUUUCACUAACAGUGAGUCAAUUGCAGUUCUGUGGACCAAAUGUCAUUGACCAUUUCUUCUGUGAUUUUGACCCAUUACUUGAACUUUCCUGCUCAGACACUUUUUUUAUUAAACUAGAAGACAUGAUAUUGGCUGUACCAUUUGUGGUUUGUCCAUUUAUUGUUAUUUUGGUCUCAUAUGUGUAUAUUAUUAUCACCAUAUUGAAGAUCCCAUCUGUGACCGGGAGGCAGAAGACCUUCUCCACCUGCAGCUCUCACCUGGCCGUGGUGUCUUUAUAUUAUGGGUCACUUAUAAUUAUGUAUUUAUUUCCAAAUAAGGGAGAUGUAAAGAAAAUCCUCUCCCUGCUCUACACUGUAGUGACUCCACUCCUCAAUCCUAUGAUCUACAGUAUGAGUAAUAGAGACAUUAGACAGUCCUCUAAGAAGCUCAAGAUUAAAAUGUGUCUGUCUUUUAAAUGA